CACUGAUUGGCUCCCGAGUGUGGGAAAGCCUUACAAGACGGAGACCCACACUUUCUUGCACAGCCGCAGAGAUAUAAAUAGAGGACAGCAAGAGCGACAGAGAUGCAUUAACGCACCCUGACCUUUAACAGACACAGCACUGCCUGCCUGCCUGCCUGAAGCAGCUGUCAUACAGCAUGGCUCCGAUCAACGUGUGCAACCUAGCUCUGAGCGCUAAAGACAAACUCAAAAUGAGAAAACCAGUGGUGGAAAAAAUGCGCAGGGACCGUAUCAACGUCAGCAUCGAGCAGCUGAAGAAACUGCUGGAGAGCGAGUUCAAGGCGCACCACCCCAGCUCCAAGCUGGAGAAAGCCGACAUCUUAGAAAUGGCCGUGGGUUACCUGCGACAGAACAGCCAGCCGGCCUCCUUCAAGAUAGCAACCCCGCAGCACAGCUACAGCGACGGCUUCUACCAGUGCUUGGAGGAGACGCUGCGCUUCCUGUCCUUCCAAGACCCGACGAAGGAAUCCCAGUUCAAAGUUCUGAAGCACUUCCAGAACACCCAGGCGGGCGGGCGGGAUCCGCUCAGCUCUGCAGCUGCACUGGGCUCCCAGCACGACCUUCUCAAACGCUCUUCCCAGGGCGACGGCAAGGUGCUGUGGAGACCCUGGUAAACUCGCACACACAGCCUUCGUUUAAAAAUCAAGAGGGUGCUGACGUGACUGCAUGUGACAGCCCAUGAAGAAAUCCUCUCCGAGUAGGAAAUAUGAAUUCCCCCUUUUUAAAUUAGACAUUUUGUUUUGCAAAAGUUUGUCGGGUUCCGCUUUCUAUUGAAAAGCUUUGUUUUUGCUGCUUGUUUUAGAGUUACACAGAGAAUGCCUUGCGCGUGAAUAUCAGGCAUGAUAACUUUGACACGAGCAAUCUGUGCAUUGCAAAAGAAAAAUUAAAAAUGCCAGUGUUGUUUCCUUCAAUAUUGAAGGUAUUUUAAAAUUAUUUUUGUAUAAAUUGUAACAGGCUCUAUAAUAUUUAUAGAGAGCUUACGAUGUGUGAAUUGUGUUAUUUCAGAAUGUAAUCGGAUACAUUAAUAAUGAAGAAAUGUUCUCAUGCCUUUGUAAAGUAUAUUUUUUGUUGGGUAACAAACACCUGAAUGUAAACUUGCCCAGAUGACGUGUGUCGGGAAUGUGACCCCCUGUGUGAAUUUCUAUGCUCAGAGAAGUGUUUCGUCGUCCUGUAAAGUCUGGGUAGAGACGCUGUAGCAAGGACUGAUGAUGCUGUUAGCCCUUCAUCAUAUUGAUGACUUGAAUACAUCCAGUGUAAUGUUUUAAUGAUCGUUUAAAAUGAAAAUUAAAAAAAAAAAAAC